AAUCGGGCUGCAUCAGUUGUUUGAGGCAAGAGAAAAUUUCCCAGCUUUCGAUACCAAAACUUGGUGAUAUUAUGGAGUCCGACGAGAUGAGUUCGAGUAAUUUCUACAGUUCCUUUUCACUUGACGGUGUUCAGUACAAACCAAGAGAUUUUGUUUAUCUUUUACCUGAUGCAUAUGGAUUUAGAGUAAAACAAGAAGUUGACGAAUUGAAGAAUAGUAUAAAGAAAGCGGACGAGAAAUAUGACGACGAUUUAUAUCCAGAGUUUUAUCGUAAAUCAUCUGAAUACAUCAAAGGAAGCAAUACAGAUGUUUCACAACCAUUUAGGAUAGGUGAAAUAUUAUUAAUUAGUAGAAAGGCGGGCUCAUGUUUCAAGGAGGAUUCUUCCAGCAUCAAGCUUCGCGUGAGGAAGUUUUACAGGCCAGAAAAUACUCACAAAGGAGUAAAAUGCGGAUAUCAAGCUGAUUUUAAUCUUUUGUAUUGGAGUUGUGAAGAAGCGACAGUCAAUGUGACGUCAUUGAUGGGCAAAUGUUUUGUGUCAUAUGAUGCUGAUUUGACAACCACUGUUAAGGAGUACACUUCUAAAGGAACUGAUCGUUUUUAUUACAGAGAGGCAUACAACGCCGAAACUCGAGAGUUUGAAGAUAUACCGAACGAAGCUAGAAGACAAUCUUACAAAGGAAAAGGAAAGGAAAAAGUAAACAAAGAUGUCUUCCCAUGCUGAUGAAAAACAUCGAUGACAGAAAAUGGUGAUGAAAUGAAGGAGGUGGGUCAACUACGAACACUCGAUGUGUUUGCUGGAUGUGGAGGUUUAUCAGAAGGUCUUCAUCAAGCUGGGAUCGCUAAAACCCGCUGGGCAAUCGAGAAGGAUGAACCGGCGGCUCAGGCAUUUCGCGCCAACAACACCGAUACAAUUGUCUUUACGGAUGAUUGCAACGAUCUUCUGAAACUAGCCAUGGAUGGCGAAACUGAGAAUACACGUGGUCAGCGGUUACCCAAACAAGGAGAGGUGGAAUUAUUGUGCGGAGGUCCUCCCUGUCAAGGAUUUAGUGGCAUGAAUCGGUUUAGCUCCAGAGAGUAUUCUUGCUUUAAGAACUCUCUCGUCGCGACCUUUCUCAGCUACUGCGACUAUUAUCGUCCAAAAUAUUUUCUCCUCGAAAACGUUCGAAAUUUUGUAUCAUACAAAAAGAGCAUGGUGUUGAAACUUACUUUGAGAUGUUUGUUGAAGAUGGGGUACCAGUGUACGUUUGGUAUCCUGCAAGCGGGCAGCUAUGGUGUACCCCAAACACGAAGGCGGGCCAUCAUAAUGGCGGCUGCCCCAGGGCAUCAGUUGCCGAUGUAUCCGGAGCCAACACAUUGUUUUCAUCCAAGAGCCUGCAAACUUAAUGUGGUUGUUGAUGAUAACAAGUUUGCAUCAAAUAUCACGAGAAAUGAUUCUGCUCCAUAUCGUACAGUGACGGUACGAGAUGCUUUGUCAGAUUUACCAGAAAUCAGAAACGGUGCAAAGGCAAUAGAAAUAUCAUACGAUGGAGAUGCACAGUCCCACUUCCAGAGACAGAUCCGUAUGUAUAAUGAAAACACCGUGUUGCGUGAUCACGUGUGCAAAGAGAUGACGUCAUUGGUCGUUGCUAGGAUACAGCGUAUUCCCCAAGUACCUGGAUCCGAUUGGCGUGACUUACCGAACAUAUGUGUUCGCCUGGCAGAUGGGAAAUAUACGGAGAAAUUGCGUUAACAUAAGGAUAAAAAGAAUGGCACUAGUUCAUCCGGGCAACAACGUGGUGUAUGUAGCUGUGUUGAGGGCGUCCCCUGUGAUCCACAGGAUAGACAAUUUAACACCCUUAUCCCAUGGUGUUUACCUCAUACUGGUAACAGACACAAUCACUGGGCUGGUCUCUAUGGAAGACUGGAGUGGGAUGGCUAUUUCAGUACGACUAUAACGAAUCCUGAACCGAUGGGAAAACAGGGACGUGUUCUUCAUCCCUGCCAACAUCGAGUUGUGAGCGUGCGUGAAUGCGCUCGUUCCCAGGGUUUUCCAGAUACUUACUGCUUUAAAGGAGAUGUUCUUGAUAAACAUAGACAGAUUGGUAAUGCAGUACCUCCCCCUAUGGCCAAAGCUAUUGGCUUGGAGAUCAAGAAAUGUUUGAUAAAUUCGGCAAUUGAUCAAAUUCAUCUACAAUAGCACUACACAUUAAUUUCAACUUGAUUUAAUCCGCCACAUCUUUAGCUUAUAGUUUUAAUCAUUUUUGCCAUAUUUCUUUUCUCAAUGUGUUAGAAAGAGUUAGUGAUGUAGGUUUAUCUAAUUGCUAGUGACUUUUAUGAAGUGUUUUAGUCCAUUUUUCAAAUAGCAGCAGUUAUUUAAAUCGAUUUAACUUUUGUACUAAGUUUUAUAUUUUCAAUUUUUCUAACUGUUGAUGCUUUACACAAUUUAAAUAGAAAAA